AUGGAUGAAAAUAAUGUGAGUAUGUUAAACAAUCUUGAUUGGAGAUCAAAGUUGUUUACCAUAAAGGUCAAAGUUUUAAGACUUUGGAUGCGUGUGAAUCCAAAGAGAGAAGGCGAAAUACUUGCUAUUGAAAUGGUGGUGAUGGAUGAGCAGGGGACGAAGAUGCAGGCUACUGUUUGGAACAAGUUUAUGAAAAAACAUGAAAUUUUGCUUCAAGGUAAUGAGUCUUAUUACAUUUAUAAAUCUCAACUUUUUGUGAUUAAGUCAAAUUUCAAACACUUUGACAAGCAACAUGCUAUUAACUUAAACUUUGAUACGUUUGUUAAAAAGUGUGAGAAUUUUGAUGGAAGUGUGUACGGUAUCCGUUUAGCAUCUUUUGAGUCCAUUAAAGCCGGUGAAGUCGAUGUCAACUAUCGAGUUGUUUUUUUUACAGAUUUCAUUGGAUAUGUAGAUGAAUGGUCUGAACCUGAGGCGACGAAAACGAACAUGGGAAAAGAUAGCAAAUACAUGAACUUGCAAUUGCUGGAUGAAGAGGGUAUCAAGUUAAACUGCACCUUAUGGGACGAGUACUGUGAUGAGAUGUUUGGCUACAUACAGAGCCAUAAAGAGGAAGUGCAUGUUGUUCUUCUUGUGCAGUUUGGUAGUUUCAACAAGUAUAAAGGUUUGUGGAGAAGAUAUGUAAAACAGCCUGUAAUGCCAUGUGAGGUCAUAGUUGUUGGUACGGUCUUGGGUAUUGAUGAUAAAGAUGACUGGUAUUAUCUCGGUUGUGAAGAGUGCAACCGAAAGGUGGAAACAACUUUGGUCAUAGAUGAGGCUGAAGACGGUGCUGAGGAACCCAAGGUUAAGCAGGUUUUGGUUUGCUCAAAUCCUGAAUGUCCUAAAGAGGUUGUCGGUGUGACACCAAUUUUUAGGAUUCCGAUCAGAGUACAGGAUUCUGCAGCUAUUGCGUCAUUGACUUUAUUUGACCGUGAAGCCAGAAAAAUGUUUGGCAUGACUGCAAUUCAGUUGCUUGAGAAGUCAAAAGUGGAACAGGCAUCUUCGGAAGAGAAAACUAUGCCCUAUUCAAGUUGGUCAAUUCAAUAUUGA